UUCCUACAAGAAGAAGAAGAAGAAGAAGAAGAAGAAGAUGGGCGGAAGAGGAGGAGAGAGGAGGAAGGAGAAGAAGAUGAGGGGGAGGCGGAGGAGAAAAGAAGAAGAAGAAGAAGAAGGUUUUUUUUUUUUUUUUUUUUAAACCUGCCGCGCCUCACGCGACCUGCAAUACGAUGGAGAAGAUGGAGGCGGCCGCAGGGCGGUAUGGUGUGCUGGCGGGGUAUGGCGACGGGCUGUGGCGGCGGUCCUACAAGAAGAAGAAGAAGAAGAAGAAGAAGAAGGAGAAGAAGCAUAAGAAGAUGGGCGGAAGAGGAGGAGGAGACAAGAGGAAGGAGAAGAAGAUGAGGGGGAGGCGGAGGAAUAGAGAAGAAGAAGAAGAAGAAGAAGAAGAAAAAGAAUGGCAGCUAGGGUUUCGGCGGCGGUGGAGGGGAAUGGCGGCGCGGUAUGCCGUUAGGAAAAUAAUAAAGGAGAAGAAGCCGAAAUCCAUUCAUGCAAUAGAGGUGCAAGAGUUCUCUCUCGGAAGUAGCCCGCCAGAGCUUGGUCUUCACAGGACAUAUUGGGCAACGGACAAUAGUGGCAUGACAUCUAUGUAUGCUGGUUUCAAGUGGGACACAAAUGAGAUGAGCAUUAUGCUAGCAGCAAAGCUGGCUGGGCCAUUCAAGGGGAAGGUGGUUAGGAUUCUCAUUAACAGCAUAUACGUGAGGGGUCAGGUCAGAAUAAUGCCAGUUUUAGAUGGCCAAGGAGUGUUAUAUGCUUUUGAUGAAGUUCCCGAGGUCAAGCUUGGUAUGGAAGUCGGUGCAGCCAACCAGAUGCUUCCAUUUACAGAAUUGCCAUUUAUUGCAUCUUGGCUGGUUGCUGCUGAAGACUGGUCCUAUGACCAGUAUGAAGUCUCAGCUACGGUGCCCAGUCCAAAAUGUCGACAUGAAGCGAGUGUCACGGUCGCUAACUAUGUCUUCCGGUACAUCGUGGCCGCAGAUCCAGCCGGUGUGCAAGAGGCUUGCCAGCUCGGGAGUUGUGGAGUAGUAUUUGCAAGGGAGAAAGCGCGCAUACUUACUCAAAUGGUACACAACCGUGAGGAUGCCGUCGUGUCCGAGGCGGUCGUGGGGGAAUGGUCCGAUGACAUCCAUGGCAAUGGAGAGACCGGGUUCCUGCGGGAUCGGCAUCGGGCGCAGCUCGCCGUAGGGAUUGCGGUUGCGAGGUUUGCUUCGUCGGCAAACUUCGCAAGAGUCGCAAUACCUCGUGACGUCGGUGAUGAGGUCGGGCCAUCGGAACCGUUGUCGAAGCCGUGCAAUAGUGCGGUUGACUCCGAAAUGGCCGGGGAGUCGCGAAUCAUGAUACUCGCCGAGGAGGCGAGUCCGAAGACGGCGGUCGCAUGGGACACAUAGUAAGUCCUUGCCCCGCAAGUGCAGGAGCAAGUACCCAUC